GGUGAAAAUAACAUACAGUUUUGCUUAGAUUGCAUAACUAAAGGCGAAAUAUAGGUGCUGAAGGCGCCUCAAAUUAUGCAACUGAAGCGAGAAUAAUCUUAGCUGACCUGUGAUAAUAUCGAAAAACAUCAUUCAAAUAUCAUUUGAAUCAAAUACUAUCAUUGGUUUAACUGGUUACACUAUUUUAUUUCAGAUUUUUUUUGAUAUUCUCAUCAUUUAACAAUAAAUUUAGUUAUAAUUUGGAUAUUUUUUUAAAAAUCAGGACAAAUCAGGACAUUUUAAGUGCCAUUUUUCAAAAAUCAGGAUUUUUCAGGACACCACUAAACUGGUGAAAAUAACAUACAGUUUUGCUUAGAUUGCAUAACUAAAGGCGAAAUAUAGGUGCUGAAGGCGCCUCAAAUUAUGCAACUGAAGCGAGAAUAAUCUUAGCUGACCUGUGAUAAUAUCGAAAAACAUCAUUCAAAUAUCAUUUGAAUCAAAUACUAUCAUUGGUUUAACUGGUUACACUAUUUUAUUUCAGAUUUUUUUUGAUAUUCUCAUCAUUUAACAAUAAAUUUAGUUAUAAUUUGGAUAUUUUUUUAAAAAUCAGGACAAAUCAGGACAUUUUAAGUGCCAUUUUUCAAAAAUCAGGACCAUUCAAGCAUUUUUGAAAAAUCAGGACGGCCUCUCGAAAAUCAGGACAAAUCCUGAAAAAUCAGGACACCUGACACCCCUGAUGCCAAGGUUCUUAGAUACACUAGGUUCUCCGACUUUCACAGUAAGUAGGCGAGGAGUGAGCGGGGCUCUCAAUGAGUUUGUUUAUUUUUUGCUCAGCUUUUCUGUGGUUUGUUGGUGAACAAACUUCAUGAGUUCCGUAUAGUUGCAUAGCCUACAUAGAGUUGUUUUUGACAUUUCUUACGCACAUUUGCUGAGCAUGUACAGAUGAGACGGGACAAUUAACCUCAAAAACUCUCGGUACAAAAAACGUCGUUUUUGAGGUUAAUUGUCCCAAAGUUGAAAAGUGUUGGUGAAACAACGUGCAUAAUAUCACGAACACUAUCAGCGGCAAAUAGGACUAUAGCCGAAAUGGCUGAAUCGGGAAUUCGUUAUUCGGGAACACCUCCUGAAUAUAUACCCACCUUGAUUAAUGCUGGGCAUAUGAUCAUUGACACUGGGCCCACUCCCCUUUGAUUUGUCUGGCAAAUAUUUACAAUCAAAAUAAGAUUAAAGAAGAAGAAUUAUUGUUAAAUUUUGAAUUAUUUUGUACACAAUUCUGAUUAAUUUUCAGUAUGCUACAAUUAUUGAGGAAAAAGCACUUGCUUAGCACAGUGGUUCUCCGAUCGCUUGUAAACUAUAGUCAACAUUCUCAGCAUGCGAAACAAAUUCCGUCCCUACCGGGAGAAACACAUUUCGGUUUCCAAACAGUGAAAGAAAGCGAAAAAGAACGAAUGGUCCAUAAAGUUUUUGAAGAAGUGGCCUCAUCCUACGAUCUGAUGAAUGAUGCAAUGUCGUUCGGAAUUCACCGCAUUUGGAAGGACAUAUUUAUGGAACGAUUGGCACCACUCGGAGGUGGAAAUCGCCUGCUAGACAUGGCCGGUGGAACUGGUGAUAUAGCUUUUCGCUAUUUGAAGUACCUCGAACGAUCGGGUUCGACAUACGACGAAAGCAAUCACGUCACUGUUUCUGACAUCAAUCAGAACAUGCUCGACGUUGGGAAAGAGCGAUUCAAACGGCUUAAUUUGAAAUCAAAUCGCACUACGGUUGACUGGGUUUGUGCCAAUGCCGAGGAAUUACCUUUCGAAAAUAACUCCUUCACGGCGUACUCAAUUGCUUUUGGAAUCCGCAAUGUGACGCAUAUUGACAAAGUGCUCUCGGAGGCUUACCGAGUCCUGAAAACUGGGGGACGAUUUUUGUGCCUGGAAUUCAGUCAUGUUCCCAAUGACUAUUUACGCUGGAUCUAUGACCAGUACUCAUUUCAAGUGAUCCCUCCGAUGGGUCAAGUUCUAGCUAGUCAAUGGCAGCCAUAUCAAUAUUUGAUAGAAAGUAUACGUAAAUUCCCCAAGCAGGAAGAAUUCAAAGUUCUCAUUCAAAGUGCGGGAUUCAAAUGUGUUGAAUAUGAAAAUCUUACCUUUGGAGUUUGUGCUAUUCAUUCGGGUUUUAAAAUAUAAAAUUCAAACGAUCAUGUCUGUAUAUUCGUACAUACGGUCAACCGCAAAAUUGAUCGUACACAUGUGGUUUUCUUAAUUUUUGAAUUUCAAAGCCUUUAACAUUGGUAAAAAAUAAAAUCGAAAUUCAUUUAUCUUGAAGAAAAAAUAUUCGUCUUUUAAAUUAAUUUCAACAUAACGAAAUUUCUCGGUUUUAAUAUAUUAUAUUUUUUAAUAUAAACAACAGCAACACACCAGGCCAAAGGAUGCAGAAAUCUGAAAGAAAUUGAAACUAAUGAGUGAUGGUUUUUUUUUUCAGGAUAUAGGUAGUAAUUUUUCAAACUUAUUGAUCUCCCUGAUUAGUGGAAACCAAUUUAUUGAUGUAUUUAUUUAUUAAUAAACUUACCUUUAUCCUUUAUCAUUGGAAGACGAAAUUGGCGAUCUGUCCAUUUUUUUGUCCGCAGCUUGCCGUUGAAAUGCCGGAAUGUUGAGUCACAUCGUUUUUUCAGACCUGCAAAACAAUACCGAAAAAAUGAAUAUUUAACUAUUUAGAAUGAGGAAUAUUUGUUUAUGUUACAGAUAUUGAAAUACUUACUGCAAUUUCUAUCACGUCAUCGUUUUUGCUUCUCGGAUGACUGACGAAAUUUAGACAAGAUCAAAAACUACCCGUCUUGAAGUUUACUCAUGCUUUUUCAAAAACAUGUGUUAUUGACCCGUCCAAAUAACCCAUUAUUUGACAGAUCAUAUGGACGGGUCAAUUCUACAAGUUUUAUGUGUUCCGCAAAAUGAGUGUGUAUAUACAUACAUUGACUACACUAAAAACUGACAUGAGACUUAUAAAAAAAAUCUGUUAAAUUUCUGUAUACCAUGGGUGCACGGAUUCACCGCAGUUUCUGCCUAAGGCCGAUGACAUAGUGAGUGCGAGGCGAUGCGAACCGGCGAAUUUUAUUCAAUGCGGCGAACCACAUUUGAUGAAAAUGUAUGUGAAUCGCUUAAACCUGACAUACUCAACGCGGCGAAGCAAAAGUCAAUUUGUUCUGCCGCUCGAGUUCGCAUUGACCGCGUUCGCCAAUUCGCAUCGCAUCGCUCUCACUAUGUCAUCGGCCAAAGUAUGUGCUCACAUGCAUUCUUAGAUUAUUAAGUUCGACAAAUCUCCAAUGCAGCGUGUACACCAUACCCGGAGUGAAUGUAUUUUUGUUGAUGUAGGUAUAUUUUGGAAGAACGAAGCAAUUAGGUGUGUAGUUUACUUACAGAUAUUCUGGCAUCCGUGUAUAUACCUGGCAUACCUGGCAACUGAUUAAACAUUCUUAUUAACAACAUUCUUAUUAACACAUCUUAAUGUCGGCCACUUAUGGAAUUCGAACCCAAAAAAGUUGUCUUGCCGAUACCGGGAAUCGAACCCAGUGUACGCCUGGCAUACCAAAACCAGACUCGCGCCAGCCUAUCCGCUAGACCACAUCGGCGCUAAAAAAAUCCGUUAAAUUUCUGGCUAAAAAAACAUAUACGGCGACAUUGCAAACAACUGUCAAUCUUAAAAUUUAACAAAUUUUAUAGCCAAAAUAUGCAAAAUUAAAACACACUUUUCAUGUCUAGUACGUACUUGAAUUCGUGUUAUCGAACAGUGCAGUGUUUUUAGUGAAUAAUUUAAAGAAAGUUUAGUUUAUCUAUGUCAGAUUGUUUGUUUGGGCCAGAACAACAAAAAGUUGAAUGUUGGCACUUGCCCCGGUGUACCUUAUAACAAAUGCAGUCAGAUUUUCGAAAUUUGAAUCUAAAUUGGAUCCACAAGAAUUAUUAUUUAAAUCUUGAAAAAGAUGAUCAGUUUAAUAAGCAAAUAGUAAAUAAUUGUGGCAACGGUACUUACCUUGCUUUCCACUUUGAAGUAUCACUGGUACCACCUCUGAGUGGUUUGAGAUCUAUCAAAACAAUCGAUCGACAUGAUGCAUAACCCAAAAAAAAUCAAUUUAUGAACACGCCGUUACAAUUUAAUAAAUCAAGCAAAUCUUGCUCUCAAUCAAAUUAUCGCCGGACAAUGCCUUCGUCUAAAUAUUUAGUCCUCAUUUCUGAACAGAAACAGCGGAAACGGCAGGAACAUCACUGCGACUAAAUUUCACCACACAAUUCAAACCAUUCAUCAUGAUGCGCACGCACCAAAACGAAACACGCACUCGGAUGACUGCGAUUGAAACAAUACAGAGCAGACGGAUAGAAAUCGAACAGAAAAAUUUACGGCGUGUUCGUAAAUUCAUUUUUUCUAUCGCAGUUAUUUUUUUUUUCGAUCCUGGCGUUAGUAAAUUCUACACAAACGUAUGCAAAUACUUCGGAAAGUAAUUUUCUUCAAAAAUAUCGAUCUAGCUGAUACAUUGACCAAAAUACCGCUGCGUUAAUAUCUCGGAUCACCAAUGCGAAAACUUCGAAUUUCAACUGCAGCUAU